AUGGCGUUUCUGGAGACAUUCCAGGGGCGGCACACACCACCUCCCCUCGCUCGCCUGGAGAAAACCGUAACUUUCAGCGAGAACGUCUUCAGCAGCACUCCACGGACAUUUCUGCCAGGGCUCGGCCAGCUGCUUCGUUCCCUCACUUCUGAGUUCCCCGGUAGAGGAGAGGUUACCAUCGUGUUGAUGAGAGAUGGAUUUGAAGACUACGGCCCGGAUCGUGACAGCAUGAGGCUAACGGCCUUUCUGGACAUUCCAGGCCAGGGUAACCUGCCUCCCCUCGCUCGCCUGGAAAAGUAUGCUUUCAGUGAGAACGUCUUCAACCGUCAGAUUAUUGCCAGAGGGCUGAAUGACAUCCUCCGGGACUUCAGUAACAAUGAGGAGGACUUCUUAAUGGUCAUGGAGAUUGUGGUCAGAUUGUCAGAAGACGCAGAGCCCACGGUGCGGACCGACCUGGUGGAACAGAUUCCUCCCAUUGCCGUCUUUUUACAAGAAAACAGAUCGAAUUUUCCAGGGGUGCUCGCGGACUAUCUUACACCGAUCGUAGUGAGGUACCUCACGGAUCCGAACAACCAGGUUAGAAAGUCAAGUCAGGAAGUGCUCUUGAUUCUUCUGGAACAAGAUCUAAUUUCCCAGCACGAUAUUGAAAACAAAGUGUGUCCGAUCCUGCUGGCACUCUCUGCCCCAGACAGCGACGACGAAUAUAAAGCAGAAGCCGUGAACAUCAUCUGCAAACUGGCUUCGGUGCUGAACAAGAGCACAGUUGAACGCCUGCUGCUCCCUCGAUUCUGUGAAUUGUGUGGGGACGGGAAGCUCUUUCAAGUUCGGAAGGUGUGUGCUACAAAUUUUGGUGAUAUUUGUCAUGCCGUUGGACAAGAAGCCACUGAGAAAUUUCUGAUCCCAAAGUUUUUGGAGCUCUGCUCAGAUAAUGUGUGGGGGAUGCGAAAAGCCUGUGCGGAGUGCUUCAUGGCUGUGUCCUACAGCGCGUCCCCGGAGGUCCGCAGAGCCCAGCUGUCACCCCUCUUCAUCAGACUCAUCAGCGACCCCUGCCGAUGGGUGCGCCAGGCGGCCUUCCAGUCCCUGGGCCCCUUCAUUUCCACCUUUGCGAACCCCCCCAGGGCUGGCCUUUAUAUUGGAGAAGACGGCCCCCUCAGCAUCCGACCACCGGCUCGGGGCCUGGACUCUGAUUUCACCCCGGGGUCGCCCGGCACAGGCAGUUGUGGAAGCACGUCCUCGGCCUGUUCCGCAAGGCCGGUGCGCACGGAGCCAGACCUGCCCACGGAAGGCACGUCCGCGGGAACCAGCAAUUUCCUGUGCCGUAGCUCCUCUCGUGGCAUGAUGGGAAACUCAGUGGAAGACUCUGCCUUGGCUGGAGCUGAGCUGACCGGGCUCUCCCCAGAGGCCAGUGCCACCCUCAAGCUCCCUGAGAGGAACGACCUCCCCGUCAACAGCCACCCUGGACCCGGCUCUUGGGCCUGCCCAGAGAGUCCUGAGGACGUAUUCAAUAAUUUCCUCUAUUGGCGGACUCCUCUCCCUGACAUAAGCAAGGACCUGGAAGAGCUGCUUCUGAGUGAGGCUGGGCCACGCGAAAAAGGCUGCAGCAGACCCGAGGCUGUGCAAAACAGCUGCGUGGCCAGGAGCGAGAUUCAGAAAGUCCUUGAUAGUUUACAGGAGCAUGUGAUGGAUGAUCCAGAUGUUCAAGCUCAGGUUCAGGUAUUAUCAGCUGCACUGAGAGCCGCACAGCUUGACUCUGUGAAUGAGCCCGCGCACCAGCCGACAGAAGGUCUAAAUGAAGUGUCCGCUUCAGAUCCCAGCCCUGCCUCUGACAAUCAGAUGGCUCUGUCGGCUUCAUCAUCACAGAAGGAGCUCUCCGUGGCCAGGAUAUUACAAAGCACAGACCCUGGCGAACCCUGCGGUGGAGUCAGGGACCCUCUGGAGACCGAGCAGAGGCAUCUCCCCGCCCCACUCGAGGAGAAUAAAUCUAAAUUACAGGAUGUGAUACCUCAGCCCCUGCUAGAUCAGUACGUGUCGAUGACUGACCCAGCUCGAGCCCAGACUGUCGAUACCGACAUCGCCAAGCACUGCGCCUACAGCCUCCCGGGGGUGGCGCUUACCUUGGGCAGGCGAAACUGGCAUUGCCUCAAAGAUACGUACGAAACGCUGGCUUCUGACGUGCAGUGGAAGGUGCGUCGGACCCUGGCCUUCUCUAUUCACGAGCUGGCUGCGAUUCUUGGGGACCAGUUAACAGCAGCUGACCUGGUACCCAUCUUCAACGGAUUUUUAAAGGACCUGGAUGAAGUACGAAUAGGAAUUCUCAAACACCUGUAUGACUUUCUAAAGUUGCUUCAUGAAGACAAGAGGAGAGAAUAUCUUUAUCAGCUUCAAGAAUUUGUAGUGACCGAUAACAGCAGGAAUUGGAGGUUUCGAUAUGAACUAGCAGAACAGCUGAUACUCAUUUUGGAACUCUAUAAUCCCCAUGAUGUUUAUGAUUAUUUAAUGCAUAUUGCCUUGAAGUUGUGUGCAGAUAAAGUUUCUGAAGUUCGAUGGAUCUCCUUCAAGCUUGUUGUGGCCAUUCUGCAGAAGUUCUAUUCACACAGUGAAAGCGCGUUGGGGUUAGCUUUCGUCCAUGAGCUCAUCGUAAGGUUCCGGCACUGUGCUAAGUGGGUUGGAAGGCAAGCUUUCGCUUUCAUUUGUCAGGCGGUGGUGAGCGAGGAGUGUAUCCCCGCAGACCAGUUUGUCGAACACUUACUCCCCAGUCUUUUAAGCCUCGUGUCAGAUCCUGUGCCCAACGUGAGAGUUUUACUAGCCAGAGCUCUGCGGCAGACGCUGUUGGAAAAGGGAGUUUUGAUGGAUGAUACCACACUGAAGUUCCAUGAUGUUGUUCCUGGUGGAAUUAUUUCAUUAUGUAUCUGGCAUUAUGAUGGAUGGACAGAACUGAUUUUGGCGGCUGUGGAAGGGGAUCCUAGUAAGCUGUCUUGUCUUGCUGUUGAUGAGGACUCCGUCUACCAAACUGCAAAUUCAAAGCAUCUUGGAGGCGAGCGGAGGAAGGAAUGGAUAUGUCAGAGGGCGUUCGUGGCCUUGUACAUUACCUCCCACAGAGGUCACCCAGAUGCUGUGCAGUACCUUCUAGAGCACGGAGCCGACUGUCUCCAAAGAACCCCCAUGGGCAGGACCGCCCUGCACGCGGCUGGGGCCAUGGGCCGUUUGGACUGUAUAAACCUGCUGCUCAACCACGGGGCCUCGGUCACCGACAAGGAUGCCAGGGGGGAGACCCCCAUGUCCAUUGCCCGGCGCAUGAACCGCAAACACAGCGAGAGGCGCAUGUUCCUUUUCUACUGGAUGACAAAGUCAGGGACGACGGACCCGAAGAAACUGCUCGCGAACCAGGUUUCUCACAGGGUGAAGGGUGGGUUUGGCUCCAAGAAGGGCCCAAUUUAG